UACCUUCUCUCAUCCAGAUCCCCACCCCGGCCUUGGCAAUGACCCUAGCAGCUUCCUCCCAACGCUCCCAAAUCAUCCGCUCCAAAUUCCGCUCUGUCCUCCAGCUUCGGAUCCAUAGACGGAAUCAGGACAGGACCUUCGACCCAGAUCCGUGGAUCUCAGCUUCUGGCCCAGCUCUGGCCUCUGCCUUGCCCUCGGUGCCUGCCCCUUUCCUCCUCAGCCCUGGGGUGUUGCCUCCUGAACCAGGGCUUUGUCCUUGGAGGUCACCAAAGAAGGAGUCUCCCAAGAAGUCCCAACACUGGAGGGAGCCCAAAGCUAAGGGGAACUUGACAUACCACCUGUACAUGCCCUCAGCACCAAGACAAGGGCCCAGGACAGCCACCAAAGCAGGGGGGUCGGCCCUGGGUCCUCUGGGGCCGCCUCUGUUGGAAGAACCAGACUCACAACAGCCACAUCCACUGAUGAAGCCCACUUCGCUCACUCCCUCCGCGCCGGGGGUCUCUAGCCCACCUCCGUCACACAAGCUGGAACUUCAGACCCUCAAACUGGAGGAGCUCACAGUCUCAGAACUCCGGCAGCAGCUACGCCUGCGCGGCCUCCCGGUGUCUGGCACCAAGUCGAUGCUCCUGGAGCGCAUGCGCGGCGGCACCCCGCCCCGGGAGCGGCCGAAGCCCCGGCGCGAGGACUCCGGGGCCGGCUGGCCUCGCUUUCGGCCCAAGGCGCUGGGAUCCAGCCGGCGGUCGGGCUCGAAAAAGGCAAGUGCAGCAUCUGCCAAGCUGCAGCUUCCUCAAGCUACAGAUCCACUGGUGGCUCCAGCUCCUGUCUUGGCUCCUGCUCCAGCUCCAACUCUAUCCUCAGUGGGCCUCACUCUAGAAGAGGAGCUACAAGAAGCAAUCCGUAGAGCGCAGCUGCUUCCGAACCAAGACAUUAAUGACAUCCUGGAGGACCAGAUGGAGCCUGAUGACCCACUACCACCCAUCCCCCUGGACUUCCCUGGCUCCUUCGAUGUGCUGUCCCCCUCCCCGGACUCGGAAGUCUCCUCUGUCUUCUCUUCACUCCCAUCCCCCACCAGCUCACCAUCCGCCUCUCCGAGAGGUCCCAUGGAUACCUUGGACUGGCUGGAGGCUCUGAGUGGGGGCCCUCCACUUGGCUCUGGCCCUCCAGCCCCCAUCUUCUCUGCAGACUUACCUGACUCCAGUGGUACUUGCCUGUGGGACUUGCUGCCAGGUCCAUGGUGACUUGGCCCUGGGGUGGGAGGAAGGUCACCUGAAGAGACUUCUAGAAACCUCUCCAGCUCCUUCUAUCACAGACACAGAAUGUGAGGCUGCCCCUGACUGGUGGACAUGCCAAGUGCCUGGAUUUGCCUAACCCCCCUCUAUGGCUGUGUGGUUGGGGAUCGGGUGUUCAUUUUCUGCUGGGUAGCACCAACAAACUGCUUGCUACUUCCUUCAAAGA